GGGUAGGCGCUGUCUCCGUCGCCUCCAACCCCCCCGGUCCGACCAGGGAAGGUGGGAUGCUCUGAUGGCCGGGCCUGCGGCGCUGAGCGCGGCGGCGGCGGCUGCUCUGGCGGCCGCCCUGCUCCUGCUGUGUCGUGAGGACCCGGGGCCGGGGGCUGGCCCCAGAUAAACAGCCCUUGUUCCUCGGGAUAAGGACGGGCAGUCCCCUGACACCCUAAGACCGGCACCUGUCGAUGUUAUUUCCCCAGCAUGGCCGAAACAGAAGCCCUGUCGAAGCUUCGGGAAGACUUCAGGAUGCAGAAUAAAUCCGUCUUUAUUUUGGGCGCCAGCGGAGAAACCGGCAGAGUGCUCUUAAAGGAAAUCCUGGAGCAGGGCCUGUUUUCCAAAGUCACGCUCAUUGGCCGGAGGAAGCUCACCUUCGACGAGGAAGCUUAUAAAAAUGUGAAUCAAGAAGUGGUGGACUUUGAAAAGUUGGAUGACUACGCUUCUGCCUUUCAAGGUCAUGAUGUUGGAUUCUGUUGCCUGGGUACCACCAGAGGGAAAGCUGGGGCGGAGGGAUUUGCUCGUGUUGACCGAGAUUAUGUGCUGAAGUCUGCAGAGCUGGCCAAAGCUGGAGGGUGCAAACAUUUCAACUUGCUAUCCUCUAAAGGAGCUGAUAAAUCAAGCAAUUUUUUAUAUCUACAAGUUAAGGGAGAAGUAGAAGCCAAGGUUGAAGAAUUAAAAUUUGAUCGUUACUCUGUAUUUAGGCCUGGAGUUCUGUUAUGUGAUAGGCAAGAAUCUCGCCCAGGUGAAUGGCUGGUUAGAAAGUUCUUUGGCUCCUUACCAGACUCUUGGGCCAGUGGGCAUUCUGUGCCUGUGGUGACCGUGGUUAGAGCAAUGCUGAACAAUGUGGUGAGACCAAGAGACAAGCAGAUGGAACUGCUGGAGAACAAGGCCAUCCAUGACCUGGGGAAAGCGCAUGGCUCUCUCAAGCCAUGACCACACUGGAGAAAUGGUUUUUAUUGUCAACCUUAACACCCAUCACCAAAUCGGUAAUUUCAGGGUCUAAAAAAAUCAGCAUGUUUUAACUUUGUUGUUUUACUAUCCUCAGGCAUCCAUUCCAAUCAAGAAAUGAUGGUGCUCUGCAUCAGUGGUUCAGAGCCUGGCUAUACAUAUAGAUCACUCAGGGAGCUUUGGAAAAAUUAAAGAUUUGUCAGCCCUAUCUCAAACUUGAAUCAAAAUUUCUGGGGUGUGGGCACAAUAAUCUGUAAUUUUCUUUGUUUAUACUUCCCCUGAUGCCACUGGUUCUGAUGCCACUGGCUGGGGGGCCUGCUUUGAAAUGCUUGUCUGCAGAGUCACAGCAGCCAUGAAAACCUUAUGACCGUGCAAAUGAGCUCUGCUCUAAAAUUGUUGACAUUCAUGUCUCUGAGUUACAAAAGUGCUAAUUCACUACAUGUAAUUGUGUAAGUAAACAUUGUGCCUUUACUACUUCUUUAUGUAAUAGAAGUUAUGUACCUAAGCUUAUAUAAUACAUGGGGAGGAUUAAAUAAAGGAAUAAAGAUGAAUGGACAACUCC